UUGUCCUUAACAAAAAGAUGUGCACCUUGCAUCUUAAAGUUAGUCUAUCUCAGGUGCGACUUCUGGAAAUAUUGAAAUAUUGACUUUUGUGUUGGAAUAACUUUAAUUUCUUGAUGUAAUUGAGCACAUCUUACAGGGGGAGUUUAGCUUCUGCUAUUAUUAUCUCUCUGAUAUUUUUAGAAGUUUAGUUUAAUGCUAUUAGAGAUGAUAUCUUUUGAUAGCUGAAUGAUAACAACAUCCACUUUUAUUUGGAACUGCUAACGGUGUACACAAAAUGUUAGUUUAAUAUCCAAACCAGGCUUGAAGCCCGUGGCAGGUUUAACGGUCUAGAGCCCGUAAACGUCCAGUAAAAACAAAAGCAAAUGAGAGUAUAUGACGAAACGCAGCAGCUGUCAAACAUAAUCUACCGGAAUUAUUUCUGAUCUCGGUCUGGCAAGAAUUGCCGAGCUCUCUAAUUGGUUUUGCCAAUUAAGCAAACAAAAUUCAACGCGGGCAAUUAAGUGAGUCGCAGAUGCAGCGGCGAAGAUGAGGACACGGUGAGCGGCGUGACUGGAUGCUGGUGGUGCGAAGUGCUUGAAAUCACUAUGCUGGAGGUGGACAAGAUCCUGGAGAAGUGCGGCGACUGCAGCCGGCUUCAGCUAUUGAUGCUGCUGCUCUUCUGUUUGGUCAAUGUGUUAUCGGCGCUUCACUACUACUCCCAGACGAUCAUCAGCUUCGUUCCCACGUACUGGUGUGCCGACGACUUGCCCGCCAACUUUGAGUCGCCGCACACGUCUAGCUGCCUGCCACUGGGGCAGAAUAGCUCCAGCACCUGCCACAGCUACGGCUAUGAGCUGUACCUGGAUUACCAGAGCUUAACCAGCGAGUUGGACUGGAUAUGCGGUGAUGCCUGGAAGCUCACCCUCGGCCAGUCAAUGUUCUUCGUGGGCUCCGUGGUGGGCUCCAUGGUGCUAGGCUACCUCGCCGACCUGGUGGGACGUCUGCCCAUCCUGAUUGUGGCCAACCUGAUAGCCAUGACCGGCAACCUGCUGACCAUUUGGGGCACCAACCUGACGCUUUUCUGUGCCUUUCGCCUAAUCUCGGGCAUUGCCACGGAUAGCAACUUUGUGAUGAUGUACAUUCUGGUUAUGGAGUACAUGCGUCCAUCUCUACGCACCCUUGGCCUGAGCAUUUGCAUUGGCUUCUUCUACUGCUUGGGAUCGAUGGCGGCACCCUGGAUCGCCGUGCUCAUGGGCAGCUGGCGGGAUUUCCUGCUGGUCACCUCGCUGCCCCUGCUGGUGGUGCCACUAUUUUACUUUAUUGUCCCAGAGAGCAUUCAGUGGCUGAUCUCCAAACAGAAGUACGACCAGGCAGUGGUCUGCCUAAAGCGAGUGGCCCAGAUCAACGGGCGGCGGGUGGAGGAGAGCGCCUACGAGGAGUUUGUGGAGGAGUGCAAGUUCAGUCAACAGAACCAGAAGGCCUCACCGCACCUGCUGCACCUGUUCAAGACACCCCGCCUGCGUCGCAACACGUUCAUCCUCUUUUUCAAGUCCAUGGUCAUCACCCUCUGCUACGACGCCGUCUCUCGGAACGUCCAGGGCCUUGGCAUUUCGCCGUUUAUUAUGUUCUCGCUGAGCGCCACCGCCAUUCUGCCGGCCUGCCUACUCAUCAUCGCUCUGCAAGAUCGCAUCGGACGCAAGGCAAUGGCCUCUGCCUCGCUGCUGCUGAGUGGCAUUUUCAUCUCGGUCACCGGGGGCGUCCUCUACGCCGCCUCCGCCUCCGACAGAACCACGACCUUGGUGGUCAGCCUGUCGGUGAUCGGUCGCUUUGGGGUAACGGUGGCCUACAACUCGGGAGCCCAGUACGCCACUGAGCUGAUUCCCACCUGCGUACGUGGUCAGGGUGUGGCUGCCGUCCACGUGGCCGGCUAUGCCUUCACCUUCUUCAGCGCCUUCAUCCUAUACACGAGGAGCAUCUUCUCACCUCUACCGGAGAUUAUCUUGGGCCUCCUAUCGCUCCUGGGGGCCUGCCUAUGCCUCUUGCUGCCUGAGACGCUCAAUCGCACGCUGCCCACAUCGCUGGAGGAUGGCGAGGAUUUUGGCAAGAAUGACCGCUGGUAUACCUUCAGCUUCCUGGACAAGCGUAGCCCAUCGGCCACCACGCUGGCCACCCAGAGCGCCAAGAUGCACUCGCAGUCGACAGACUCGUCUGUCUACUUUUGAAUAUAUGAAUUCCGUAGCUUUCAUAUGAUGGGCAGGGGUUAUUAAUAACCUAGAAUAUAGAUGCAAAUA